AUGGUCCUAAGAAAACGCCAUGGAAUAGUAUGGGUCCCAUGUUACUCAGUGCACCAGUGUUUUAUGCUGGUGCUGCUGAUGAGAGAUCCAGAGAAUGAAGGAGAUAAAGUUAUCACACUCUUUCCUGCAUGUGGAGAAUGUGCCUCUUGCCUUAAUCCUGGGGACAAUCUUUGUAUACAAAUCAAACAGUCGGAAUCCAGCCUGAUGUCUGAUGGUACUAGUAGGUUUACCUUCAAGGGAAAACCAGUGUAUCACUUUGCAAAUACAAGCACCUUCUCUGAAUAAGCAGUGAUAAAAGAAAUCUCGGUUGCCAAGAUUGAUGCAGUUGCACUUCUGGAGAAAGUAUGCCUAGUUAGCUGUGGUUUUUCCACUGGGUAUGGUGCUGCAAUCAAGACUGCCAAGGUGACCCCAGGCUCCACCUGUGCGGUGUUUGGCCUUGGAGGGGUCGGCCUGUCUGUGAUCAUAGGCUGUAAAGCAACGGGAGCAGCCAGGAUCAUUGGGGUGCACAUCAACAAAGACAAAUUUGAGAAGGCAAAAGAAGUCGGUGCCACUGAGUGCAUCCACCCACAGGACUUCAAGAAACGCAUCCAAGAAGUUUUAUUUGAUAUGACAGGUACUGGUGUGGAAUUUUGCUUUGAGGCCAUCGGAAAUCCAGAAACUGUGGAAGCUGCCCUGGCCUCCUGCAAUGAGAGCCAGGUCUGUGUGAUUGUUGGGCUCUUGGCAGGUGUCCAACUCAACAUCAGUGGCUUGUUGUUCCUCUCAGGACGUUCUUUGAAGGGAACUGUUUUUGGAGGCUGGAAAAGCAGAGAGGGCGCCUCUAAACUGGUUUCUGAUUAUAUGGCAAAGAAGUUUAAUCUAGAUCCACUACUUAUCCAUACGCUGAAUCUGGAUAAAAUCAAUGAAGCAAUUGAAUUAAUGAAAACCAGAAAAUGGCAAGUUGCUCACAUAAUUUUUAUGUCUGAGUGUUUGGGACCAAGAAAAAGGAGUGUGGGGGCUGGGGGAGGCAGUAAACAGGAAGUAAUGGCUGGAAUUUAA